CCGCGAUCAAAGACUUGUAAGUCCAUAGCUCAUUUUCCAAUUUCCCUUCAUCGAUUCACACGAUGACCCACUUGCUACCGGGCGACUUGAUCCGGCUCAUCGAAACGCCCAAGGAGAAAGUCCAGUCGACACUCUUGCACGUCGGGGGCCUUGCCGGCCUCGCCAAAGCCCUCGACUCGUCGCUCGAGUGUGGCCUCGACGGUGCCAACGACAAGGACCUUGCGCUGCGCCGUGAUACGUUUGGCUCCAACUUUGUGCCACCGCCGCCGCCCACGACCUUUCUGCAGCUCGUGUGGGCUGCCUACAAGAACUUGACGCUGCUUGUGCUCACGGGCGCCGGUAUCCUCUCGCUUGUCCUUGGCUUUACGGUCGGUGGGCAAGAGCCAACGCCGCGCCGCCUCAGCGACGGCGACCCCGCGACCACGUGGAUCGAAGGGUUUGCGAUUCUGCUUGCGGUGACCAUCGUCACGAUGGUGACGGCAGUCAACAACUAUCAAAAGGAGCAGCAGUUCCGUGCGCUCUCGGCCAUCAAGGACGACGAGAUGAUCAAGGCCAUCCGCAACGGGGUACCGUGCGAGGUCGGGAAGCACGACUUGCUCGUCGGCGACGUGGUCCGCAUCGACGUUGGCGACAUCUUGUCGGCCGACGGCAUCGUGUUUGAAGCGUCCGAGCUCAAGGUCGACGAAAGUGCGAUGACGGGCGAGUCGGUUCUCAUUGACAAGCACCCGAUGGGCUUGACCCCAUUCGUGCUCUCGGGCACCAAAGUCAUGCAAGGCAUGGGCAAAAUGCUGGUGCUCGCGGUCGGUGUCUCGAGCCAGGCCGGCAUGAUCUCGGCGCUUCUUGUUGGCGGCGCGACGUCGACGCCGUCGAGUCGCACCAUGACGCAGAUCAGUGACGACGACGCCUACGUGGCCAUUGCAACGCCGCGGGACGACGAUGCGAGUGGCAAUUCGGACAAGAUGCUGCAUGUGGCACCGACGCUGGACGAGCCGGAAGAGUCGCCGAUGCAAGGCAAACUCGACGCACUCACCAUCUUGCUCGGCAAGUUUGGCAUCACGAUGGCGCUGCUGGUGUUUCUCGUGCUCGUUGCGCGCUUCUCGAUCGACCAAUAUGCUGUGCAAGGCCGGUCGUGGGCCGGCACGGCCGAUGUCAAGGAGUAUCUGCACUUCUUUAUUGUCGGCGUCACGGUCCUCGUUGUGGCCAUUCCCGAAGGCCUUCCGCUCGCUGUGACGAUCUCGCUCUCGUUUUCAGUCAAAAAAAUGCUGCUGGACAACAACCUCGUGCGCCACUUGAGUGCGUGUGAGACAAUGGGGUCAGCGACCACGAUCUGCUCGGACAAGACGGGCACGCUUACGACCAACCAGAUGACGGUCAUGCAGUGCUGCAUCGGCGACACCGUCUUUGAUUCACCGGUGGCAUUGGGCGAGUCAGCAACCAACGAAAUGGUUGAGCUGCUCGUGCGCAGCGUCGCUAUCAACUCGACGGCCGAGCGCGUUGACGGCGUCUUUACCGGCAACAAGACCGAGUGUGCGCUCUUGGACUUUACAGCAGCGCUGUCGCCGACGACCGCAUACGACGCCGUUCGCCGGGCGCAUGCCAACAUGCACAUUCUCCCAUUCUCGUCGGCCAAGAAGCGCAUGUCGGUGGUCGUGCCGCUCACGGCGACGUCGUGCCGUGUCUACACCAAGGGUGCGAGCGAGAUUGUCUUUGGUCUCUGCAGCCACAUGGCGUUUCCCGAUGGUCAGGCUCAAGAAGUACCCCAUGACGUUUCGUUUUGGCGCGAAAAUAUCAUCCAGCGUUUUGCCAACGACGGGCUCCGGACGCUCUGCCUCGGCUACAAGGACAUUGCUGCACCGUGGGAGCAUGUGAUUGCGCACUACUCUGAGGACGAUCUUGAAUGCGACCUCACGUGCGUCGCGAUCGUCGGCAUCGAAGACCCCGUGCGCCCGGACGUCCCCGAAGCCAUUCGCCAGUGCCAGCAUGCCGGCAUCAUCGUGCGCAUGGUCACUGGCGACAACCUGGCGACGGCCACGUCGAUCUCGAAAAAGUGCGGCAUCCUCCAGGACGACGCCGACGCGCUCGUCAUGGAAGGCGCCGAGUUUCGCCGCAUCGUGCUCGAUGGCAACGGCCAGCUCAAGCAAGACGUCUUUGACACGAUCUGGCCGCGGCUCCGUGUCCUCGCGCGCUCGAGUCCGCAGGACAAGUACACGUUGGUCUCGGGCAUCAUGGCGUCGACGGUCCACGGUCCGCAGGUCGUGGCAGUCACGGGCGAUGGCACCAACGACGCGCCGGCGCUCAAGAAGGCGCAUGUCGGCUUUGCGAUGGGCAUUUGCGGCACGGCCGUCUCGAAGGACGCGUCCGACAUCAUCUUGAUGGACGACAACUUCAAGUCGAUUGUGAACGCAGUCAAGUGGGGCCGCAACGUCUACGACUCGGUCUCCAAGUUUCUCCAGUUCCAGCUCACGGUGACGUUUACUGCGAUUACGCUCUGCGUGCUCGGGGCCAUUUUUCUUGAAGAGACGCCGCUGAGCGCCGUCCAGCUGCUCUGGGUCAACCUCAUCAUGAACACGUUUGCGUCGCUUGCGCUCGCGACCGACACGCCGUCGAACGCCGUCCUCGACCGCAAGCCGUACCCGCGCACCAAGCCGCUCAUCUCCAAGAAGAUGACCAAGCACAUCCUCGGGCACCUCGUCGUGCAGCUCGCAAUCUUGCUGACGUUGACCCUCGCGGGUGAAAAGCUACUGCAGAUUCCGUCCGGUCGCAAGUAUGAGACCGAGGACCCGAGCCAGCCCUCAGUGCACUACACGGUCGUCUUCAACACGUUUGUGUUCCUCCAGCUCUUCAACGAAAUCAACGCGCGCGUCAUCCAUGACGAGAAGCGGGUCGUGCUCCGCGGCCUCUUGACCAACCGCCUGUAUGCGUCCAUCUCGGUCCUUCAAGUCGUGCUCCAAGUCAUUUUUGUUCAGUUUGGCGGCAACGCUGGGCCGUUUGCAUUGGCCUUGGCGCGCUGA